GUCAGUACAUAGAGCCGAGGCUUUGUGGUAGGACGGCGGCUUAAAAUGCAGCUCAGCGACGGUCCCUGCAGUAUAUCACGCCGUCUCCUGUACAAUACGUGUCAGGUCUUAAACCUUCGCAUUUAGCGUGAGAUCAACGAGCCGAUAGAAAAACCGAGAGAGAUUUUCUCGUGUGUGUGUGUGUUUUUUUUAAUCCCCGAGGCUGACCGUGGAGUGUUGUCUGCCCUGCACUGUCCGUCCGACACAACUAGUCCAGACAUGAGUAACGUUAAUCUGAUUUUUUGGGACCAGUUGCAGGCUGGCAGCUCCGAGGUGGACUGGUGUGAAGGCAAUUACCUUAUUUACCCCAGCAUCGCUGAAUUUUACAACACGAUCAGCAACAUUUUGUUUUUUGUUUUGCCGCCCAUACUAAUGUGCUUGUUCCGCCAAUAUGCAACACAUUUCAACAGUGGGAUUUACCUCAUAUGGAUUCUACUUGUUGUGGUCGGUAUUGGAUCAACAUAUUUUCACGCCACCCUCAGCUUCCUUGGCCAGAUGUUGGAUGAGCUGGCCAUCUUAUGGGUACUCAUGUGUGCUAUUGCCAUGUGGUUCCCCAAGAGAUACCUACCCCGGAUGUUCAGGAGGGAUCGGUCAAGGUUCAAAGUGGUCAUUGGCAUCUUGUCGGGAAUCACCACAGGGUUGGCUUUUGUUAAACCUGUUGUCAACUCACUGUCACUGAUGACUCUGGGCAUCCCCUGCACCGCACUGCUCAUUACUGAGCUUAAGAGGUGUGAAAACCCACGUGUGUUCAAGCUGGGCUUGAUCUCAGGGAUCUGGUGGGCGCUGGCUCUGCUUUGCUGGAUCAGUGACAGGAUAUUCUGUGAAAUGUGGUCAUCUGUCAACUUUCCCUACUUACACUGUGCUUGGCACAUCCUCAUUUGUCUGGCCUCUUACUUGGGUUGUGUUUGCUUCGCCUACUUUGAUGUUGCGACCGAGGCCCCAGAGCGGGGACCCGUCAUCAUGUUCUGGCCCAAUGAGAAAUGGGCCUUCAUUGGUGUGCCCUACGUCUCUUUUCUCUGUGUCCACAAGAAGUCUACUAUCAAGGUGACCUAAAGUGACCUGAGUCUGCUGCUGAGCUGGCUGUGCUUCCACACUUCUCACCAGGAUGGCUUCAACAAGAUACAACACCAUGUCAGUGAGUCGGGUGACGUCCACUGGUGCUCUAGUGACUGGGUAAUGUAGGUGAUGCCAACUGCAAGGAUUUAUCUUUUCCUUGUUCCCUCCCCGGUCUGGUCUUCAUUACACAGCAGUGUUUAUGCAACUCUGUCAAAGAACAAGAGGCGUCACAAAAGGAGUCUAACAUGACACAGAGUGACUUUUUAAAUAACACAAUAUCAAAGCCAAGAAACCUUUACAGUGUUCCAAAUGCAUUCUCAGGCUUUGCAUGAGAGAUCAUGUAAUCUCUAUAAGAGUGAAAGUAUUAGUAUUAUGCAUUUCAGGCUUCUUUAAAGAGAAGAUUUUGUACAUUUUAUAUUAACUCAGAAAACCUCAUUAUAAAGCAUUAUAUUGCCUUUAUAAACAUAAAUAUAGCAUCUCAUAGGUGCAGUCUGGCCGUUAUGGAACCAUGUUUAGAACCAAUAAAGCACUGGAUUCAUUAACUGUGAUUAAUGUAUAAUGCAUUAAAACUCAACGAGUCAACAAGUUCGUUCAUAAUGUUACAGACGUUAGUAAGAAGGUUAUUCACACCAAGCCUCAUGUCUUUAAAAUACAUAAUGGAUUCAUGCUGUUAUACCUGCCCUUUGUGUCGACAGGCAUUUUAAUGGAAACACUCAAACACAAAAGGCUUCUUUCUAUUUUGGGUGUGCUAUGUGUUUUUCUUCCAGCAUGCCACGGUGAUUGUUCAAGAUAGUAUGUGAGAAAUUAAUUAAUAUAUUCCUGUUUAUAUUUUGUUAACUAACAAUGUAAUAUGCAGUUAUUUUCCUAGGAAAACCAUAUCAUUGAUAUAUUACUGAAUGCAUAGGUACCCAGUGGAAAAAGAAAGAAAGAAAGAAAAACAGAAUGUGAAAAUCAAUAUGUAUUAAAAUACAAUUGACAGUUCAAGUAAAUAAUUACUUAUUUUGCACAAAAUGAAUGAAUGGUUCUCUAAGCCUUUGGCUAAGUGCAUAGUGCAGAGCGUUUCUGAACAUUAUAAUUACAGUUGAUUACUCAAAAAUUAGCUAGCUAAUGUACAGCUUUUAAUGAUGAAAAGUUUUCACUGCUAAGUUUUUUUCACCCUGACAUCUCAUCUCUUAAGCUACUCUUCAAGGUUCUUUUUUCCAGGAUCUGUAUUUUAGACAUUUUCCUAAAUGUCAUUGAAACUAUGUCAACUGUUCAAAACGCCUUAAUCAAACAGGAUAAUACAUAACAGGCAAGUGAAGGUGCAUUGUGUCCUUACGUUUGUGAUGUAUGUGCUUUGCAUUCUUACAAACUUUUUGCUCUAAAAGGUGAAAAACUGUCAGUUACAUUAAGUAGUAAAUGGAUGUGGAGUGUCAGUUAUAGCAGAUGAAAUAAUGGGACAAGUUAGGGUUUUAUUACCUCUGAGCUAAAACUAAAACUCUAAUUUAGCAUAUUUCAUUGGACAAAAAACAGAGAUUUUGUAUAUAGAGUUAAAAAGGGAAGUAUGUAUGGGUAUUUCAAAGCAAAACACUAACCCUAAAAGACAAGGAUCACCAUAGCUUUUUCACCUCAAACCAUUGUUGUACAUGUUGUUCUUGAAAGCUGCCUCAAGCUGUUUAACUAAUAUUGUUGUACUCUUGUCCUCCUGCAGAGACUUCUGGGAACUCAAACCGCUAAAAUAACUUGUGCUAACAUGAAGGGUCAAAUGAAGGAUUAUGAUUUACAAAGAAAACAACUAUUUUCCUGAGAUUAUGAAGUGAUAUUUUUUAACAACAUGAAGUAUUUUGUUAAAUCCAAAACAAUUUAUAUUUUUGUAAGUGAAGUGCAGCCAAAAUUGAAGCAACUGCCCAAGUGGUGAAUUAUUUUGAUAUUGUUUUAUUACCACCUUUGUAUUACCAAACCGUUUCUUUUUCUUUUUUUUAUUGUGUCUGUAGGAAAAACUUUGGAGACAGUAUUGAGACGAUGUCAACAAAGUACUUGUAGUUCCUGGGAAUACUUAGAUUGUCCUACAGAUACUUAGAUUGUCCUGUAUUGAAUCAUACAUCUGAUCCGCGAUGGUGGUUGUUUGUAUGAUGCAGAGAAAAAAGAAAACAUAAAUUGAGCAUUAAGUCAGUGAAUUUGUAUCAGACAUAGGACUUUGUGUGAACAGAAGAGCCUGUUAAAUGCUGCCCUUUGCAUUGUGAUGUUUGUCUCAGCAUGAGGUGUGAUUAUGAUCUCAUAUCAAAGCAAUGUCUUUUUUUUAUGGACUGUAUAUAAAUCUCAGUUUUUUUUUCUGCUUGCAUUGACAAUACAGCCAAACUGCACAGAAUAUUUAUUUUCAUAAUUUAUUCUGUUUUGUAAACAAAUAUUUGUAAUAGAUUAGAACAUAAGUACUUUAUUUUAUUUUAUGCAAUAAACCAAGCCUAUACUAAAAAA